CUGUGUAAGCUGGGGGCGGGACAGCGCGGCCCCUAGCGCGGGCGCGGGGCUUCUAACAACCACGUCGCAGGCUUCCAGCGCAGGCGUGGCAGUCGUGUCCCAACUGACGGGAGUUAACAUGGGGGCCCAGACCGCUAGGCGCUGCGUCGAGUGGCUAUUGGGCCUCUACUUCGUCUCGCAUAUCCCUAUCACGCUGUUCAUCGACCUGCAGGCGGUGCUGCCGCCCGAACUCUACCCGCAGGAGUUCAGCAACCUGUUGCGAUGGUACUCUAAGGAGUUCAAAGACCCUCUGAUGCAGGAACCCCCAGUGUGGUUCAAGUCCUUCCUGCUUUGUGAGCUUGUGUUCCAGCUGCCUUUCUUUCCCAUCGCAGCAUAUGCCUUCUUCAAAGGAAGCUGCCGGUGGAUCCGAAUCCCUGCAAUUAUCUAUGCAGUUCACACCAUAACAACUUUAAUUCCAAUCCUCUAUACAUUUCUGUUUGAGGAUUUCUCUAAAGCUGUUGCUUUCAAGGGACAAAGACCUGAGAAUUUCCGUGAACGGCUGACCCUCAUGGGUGUCUAUGCCCCCUAUUUAAUAAUCCCCCUUAUACUCCUCCUGUUCAUGCUUCGGAACCCUUACUACAAGUAUGAGGAGAAAAGAAAGAAAAAAUAAGGGACAGCCACUAGCCUGGUGGGGAAGAUCCCACAGCACAGUUGCCUUUUGGACAAAACAAGAAACUGCUCUGAACCCAUUUCAGCAGCAUUUGAAACAUCAACAGUAGUGCAUACGAACAAGAUAGUGGCAAGAGACGUGCCAAACCUUUACCUUCCAAAGGCUGAACAGGCCAUCAGCAGGGGUGUGACCAAGUUACAGCAAAAUGGUACUAAAGCACUGCUAAAAAGGACAGAUGGGAAGCUGGCUAGCUCCUGACCAAGUCCUCAACUCAACCUUGAGUCAACAAAUGAGCAGUAUUUUGUCUCUCUAGCACCUUUUAACAUGGUUUCCUGCCCACACCUUCAUAUUAUAGCCUUACAUGAGUCCAAGCCAGAAAUGGGUUACAGUGGAAGGAAGGUACCUCCAUUUCUAUAUUUCUGUCUUGAACAGAUGGUGGUCUGGGUUAUUCUGGUGCUGGUUCCAUGAACUGCUCUCAUAUGUCCCAUUCCGGCAUCUCACACCACUGGGCUCCCUAGUACAUAGAUUUCUCGUUCCUAGUCUAUCCAGAGUGAGGGUAACUGGACUGUCCAGUGAGUGGCUGCUGUUUGCUCCACUGGCUCUCCUUACAGAAACAGACCGCUGGGUGCUAGGCAGUGCUGGUUCUGCUCAUAAGCCAUAUUGCUGUGGUCAUUACUGUCUGACUUAUGUAUCUGGUCCAAAUAAAGGUAGCUGCUGCU